UAAAACCCUUUUUAAAUCCCACAACGACAUCGCCUUUGAGUGCUGUUUGGAGGCUGAGAAGCUGAGGGAAAAUUUUACUAUAUGAAAUGACGGGAAGUCCCAAGCACUCUCCGAGCACAAUCACCGAAUCCAGGCCUUCUAAGAUACCUAAAACCCAAGAUCACCGCGACCAAGAUCUAGAAGAUAAACAACUACAAGAGUCAAGCAUGAGCAAAAGCCCAAGAAUCCAGCGCUAUUUAGUAGCUAUUGAGUACAUUGGAACUCGCUUCUCUGGUUCGCAGCAGCAGCCCAAUUGCCGCACUGUCGUUGGCGUAUUAGAGGAGGCUUUUCAUAAAUUUAUUGGACAGCCGGUUUCAAUUUUUUGCUCAAGCCGAACCGAUGCUGGUGUACAUGCCUUAUCAAAUGUUUGCCAUGUAGAUGUGGAACGAAUAAGCAAAAGGAAGCCUGGCGAAGUGUUACCACCUCAUGAACCAUCUGUUGUUAGAAGAGCUGUGAACCAUUUCUUACAGAAGAAUGAUGGUGAUAUCAGUGUGAUCGAUGUUCGAUGUGUUCCAAAUGAUUUUCAUGCCAGAUAUAAAGCUGAGGAGCGCACGUACUUUUACCGCUUGGUUUCUGGCCCUGAACCUUUGACUGCUUUUGAAAAAGAGCGGGUGUGGCAUGUACAAGAGAACCUAGAUCUAUAUGCAAUGCAGGAAGCAUGCAAAGUUCUUGUUGGACAUCAUGAUUUUAGUUCCUUCAGGGCAUCAGGUUGCCAGGCAAACUCGCCAAUCAGAACUUUAGAUGAACUUCAUGUCUGUGAAGUACCUGCAACUCCUUAUUUCCCAUCAACCACUGAGAGGGAACAGAGUAAUUCAAGCUCAAGCAAUUCUCAUUUAUGCUCUAUUAAGCCUGAGGUUGAGCUCCCCAUUAAUUCAUUCUCCAAUACUGAUGAUGUGGUAGACUCAAAUAAUGGUAAAAGUAAUCUAGAAGAAUUUGGAGUAAGGAGAAGACACCGCUGCUAUGUGGUAACAGCACGUGCACGCUCCUUUCUUUACCACCAGGUUAGACUGCUUGUUGGUGUUCUCAAAUGUGCUGGCACUGGAGAGUUGACAACUUCUGCUGUGGAAAAAAUUCUGAAUGCAAAGACGGUGACUGCUGCAAGUCCAAUGGCCCCUGCAUGUGGUUUAUACCUCGGACGUGUGAAGUAUGAUCUGCCAUGAUCAUGAGACGCUUAAGCUGCUGUUUCCUACAUGAACCUUUAUUUUGGACAGGAACG